GUCGAUCGGUGCCUACAAGUGAACAACCCAAACGUGGAAAACCAUCAUUGCGCAAAGGCAUCAGGUUAACCCAAAGAGGAAACCGCUCAGUUAGAGGAAAAUCGUCAUCCGCAAUCAUCAUCGACGUCGCUUUCGGAUUAUAGUCCCCCAUUUGGAGAAAAAUCCAACCAGCAGGAAAACGUCCGACAUCGUAUAGUGCAUUAUAGUGGCUUGGCCGUUGUGAGUUUGGGAUCGCGGACCAGCUCGAAACGAGAUCACCGCUUCAGUCGGUAUUUUGGGGUCGUAUCCAAACCAUUGCGAGAGAUCGGGAUCAGCCGCGGUCGGAUUAUACGGUGCUGUGGUAGUUGUUACAAAAGUGAAGUUUGAAUAACGCAACCCGGUGCAUUUAGUUGACUGUGAUCUACAUAACACAGGAAUCAAUUGUUUUGUGCUUCUGUGAAGUCUUACUCACCACCAGGAAAUCAUGGAUGAUCUUACCCAAGAGCAAAUUGCAAUCUUGCAGAAGGCCUUUAGCAGCUUCGAUCGCGAAAAGACUGGUAGCAUCUCGUCCGACACGGUAGCCGAGAUCCUCCGACUGAUGGGACAACCCUUCGACAGCAAAAUCCUGGAGGAGAUGAUUGAAGAGGUUGACGAGGACAAAUCCGGCCAGAUUGAAUUCGCCGAGUUCAUCACGCUAGCGGCCAAGUUCAUCGUUGAGGAGGACGAGGAAGCGUUGCAGAAGGAGCUGCGAGAGGCCUUCCGUCUGUACGACAAGGAAGGAAACGGCUUCAUCCCCACCUCCUGCCUGCGCGAGAUCCUUCGGGAGCUGGACGACCAGCUGUCCGAGAACGACCUGGACAUGAUGAUCGAGGAAAUCGACUCCGACGGUUCGGGAACGGUUGACUUCGAUGAAUUCAUGGAGAUGAUGACUGGUUAAUGCGAAAGAAAAUUGCGCGCGAGCCGGAUCCCCUUUCCUCAUCCAUUAUGUAAUCGUCGCCACCUCCUCCCCAUGCGCGAUAGGAAACCAAAAUAACCCUCUCAGUGCAUCUUAUCCUCAAUUUAUGACUUGAAGUAUCAUUCAUUUGCAAACAUUUACAUUUAGAUAAAGGUGAAAACAAACAAAUUGUUUCUAAGGAUAUGUAUUGUUAGUUUUUGCGAAGUCCAUCCUCCGUGGAGCUGGACAUAAGUACGAUUUUACCUUUUAUCAUUUUCGAGUAAGUCAAGAAAGUGCCACAAUUAGAAGAAAUUAUAAAAAAAAACAAACCAGUCGUAGAUAUUUUAUGAACAGUCACGUGGUAAACAAAUAACAACGAAAAAGAACGGCACCAACCAACUAGUAUUUUAGGAACAGUUUUGGACAACGCAUCAAAAACUACCUAUUUUAUCCUCUACAUACUUAAUUUAUUGUGUUUUAGUUUUAUUUACUUACACACUGUAUUGUAACAUUUAUUGUUCAUCUUUUUGUAGGGAAUGAUUGAACCGAUUUUUUAAACUGUUCUGCAUUAUUAAUGUUUAAUAAUAAAGGAAACACGUUCAAUUAAACGAUGAA